ACGGAGCUACCCUCAACGCAGGAACUCCUAAACGGAUUUGGAGGCCCAAUGGACAGCAGUGCGGUUGACGGCGGGGUAGAGGAUCUCUCUUUCCUCGAGCCCAUUUUAUGAUGGCCGACAACAUGGAAAUUGCCAAAGUGAACUUGCAUCAUGCGGCGGCAGCCUCAGCUGUCAUAACAAGCAGGUUCACUGCGGAGAAACUGGGCACACUGCUGAUCCAAGAGCCUUGGGUCUAUAAAGGAGAGGUAAAGAGCCUCAAGACGGAGGCAAACAAAGUAAUCUGGGACAUCUCUAGCGAGAGGCCUAGGACGUGUAUAGUUGUCAGAAGCAAUAUUGAUUUCUUUUGCAUUUCAGAGUUUCUGACGCAGGAUUUGGUGGCGCUGCAGGCUAGGGAUACUGAAGGCAAAGACUUCGUCCUGGCCUCAGCUUGCUUUCCGGGAGAGGCAGCAACGGCACCCCCGGAGGCGGUGGAAAGGCUGGUAGAGCAUUGCAGACUGCACAAGCUCCCCCUUAUCAUCGGUUGCGAUGCGAACGCUCACCAUACGGAAUGGGGCAGCACCGACUGCAACGUCAGAGGUGAGUCCCUGUUAGAAUAUGUAGUAGGCAGUAAUUUAGCGAUAGAGAAUGUAGGGUGUGAACCCACAUUCAUAGCUAUAAGCAGGAGGGAAGUGUUGGACAUCACCCUCAGUAAUGAACCUGCAACUGGACUUGUCUCGCAGUGGAUAGUCUCAACGGAGCUCUCCCUGUCGGACCAUAGAAUUCAAUAA